AUGUUUGUGAUGAUGAUGGUAAAAAUUCAUCAGUUGAUGUCGAUGUUGAUUGUGGUGAUGAAAGAGGUGAAUAAUUUAUCUGAUGGUGAGCUUCGUGAUUAUAGAUUGAUUUUAGGUGUUGAAAAAGAAAAUAAAUCAACUUCGUUGUGGUGUGUAUCAAGCGUCUGA